CAACAAAUAAAGCCGCCGUCCCAUCAGCACCGAGGAUUUGCUUUUGCUGGGAGUUCCUGAGAGUUGGAGGGCUUCCGGCCGGAGGCCAUUAGAUGGAACACCCGGAAGGCGGAAGUCCUAGGACGGAAGUGGCGGAGAGGAACGGAGAAUGGCGGCGGCGGGCUGUAUUUGGCGCAGGGGCUGGGGCCGGCGGUGCCUGGGGAGGCCUGGGCUUCCCGGCCCCGGCCCUGGCCCCGCUACACCUCUACUUCUUCUCCUGUUGCUGGGGCCGGUGGCUGCGGAUAUAACUGACGGCAACAGUGAACACCUCAAGCGGGAGCAUUCGCUCAUCAAGCCCUACCAAGGGGUCGGUUCCAGCUCCAUGCCUCUUUGGGACUUCCAGGGCAGUACCAUACUCACGAGCCAGUAUGUGCGUCUGACCCCUGACGAGCGCAGCAAAGAGGGCUCUAUCUGGAACCACCAGCCUUGCUUCCUCAAGGACUGGGAGAUGCACGUCCACUUCAGAGUCCAUGGUGCAGGGAAGAAGAAUCUCCAUGGAGACGGCAUUGCCUUGUGGUACACCCGGGACCGCCUGGUGCCAGGGCCUGUGUUUGGAAGCAAAGACAACUUCCACGGCUUAGCCAUCUUCCUGGACACGUACCCCAACGAUGAGACCACGGAGCGCGUGUUCCCGUACAUCUCGGUGAUGGUGAACAACGGCUCCCUGUCCUACGACCACAGCAAGGACGGCCGCUGGACCGAGCUGGCGGGCUGCACGGCUGACUUCCGCAACCGCGGUCACGACACCUUCCUGGCUGUGCGCUACUCCCGGGGCCGCCUGACGGUGAUGACGGACCUGGAGGACAAGAACGAGUGGAAGAACUGCAUCGACAUCACGGGCGUGCGCCUGCCCACCGGCUACUACUUCGGCGCCUCGGCUGGCACCGGUGACCUGUCGGACAAUCACGACAUCAUCUCCAUGAAGCUGUUCCAGCUGAUGGUGGAGCACACGCCCGACGAGGAGAGCAUCGACUGGACCAAGAUCGAGCCCAGCGUCAACUUCCUCAAGUCGCCCAAAGACAACGUGGACGACCCGACGGGGAACUUCCGCAGCGGGCCGCUGACCGGGUGGCGGGUGUUCCUGCUGCUGCUGUGCGCGCUGCUGGGCAUCAUCGUGUGCGCCGUGGUGGGCGCCGUGGUGUUCCAGAAGCGGCAGGAGCGGAACAAGCGUUUCUACUGAGCGGCCAGCGCUCGGCUCGGGGAAGGGCCCCGGCGCUGAUGUGAACUGUUUUUUACUGGGAUUGUAAAAGAAAAACCAGACGACCUUAUUUCUUAACCAUUUCAAAGAAAUAAUUAAAGUAUUUUCAUACAUUUUGCUUCUUGCCCAGUGGGGACAGGCUGCAGGGCUGGGGAGUGAGGGGUUGACAGCCCCACAGCCAGGGGGGCGGAGGCCCUGGGUGGCUGCUGGCCCCUCUGGAGCAAGGGGUCUGUGCCCGGAGCUGGGCCGGGACCCGGCAGGAGGCUGGUGAACACUGGAGGCCCCCAGCCCACACUGGGGUGGGCGCCUGAGGACACGAGCUGUGACUUUGUUCUGUGCUGUGAGCUGUGUGUGGCAGAAGAGGAGGCCGACUGGGGAGCCUGGGCCCCUUCCUGUUCAUCCUCCAGCUCCUUCCCGAGGCGGACCCUCCAUCGCGGCUGGAGGAGCAGUGAGGUGGGGCACAGAGUGUGACCGUUUGUUAAAUAAAGUGAAAUAACCAACCUCA